AUGCUGAACAGCUAUCGAUAUCUAAUGAAGUGGCCAACGGUCCAUAAAUAUCAAAAUGUCGAUAGUGGGAAGGUGUACCACCGUCAACACUCAUCUAGGAAGAUGAUGACCGCGGUUCACCACUUCUUCUCGUUUGGGUUGGGAACAGCCCUUGCUCUAGCAAUUAUAUAUUUCAGCCUUCGACGACAUCUCCCAUCGUCUGGUUAUGAUACCCAUCAGAUUAACCGGCCGCUUCGUGGUUGUGGUACUACACCCGGGGAGGCGCGCGCGGCUGGGUGCAUCUUUGACAUGCUCACCGUUGCAUGGACACCCUCUGAGUGCGUUGAUCCAGAUCUUACCAGGGAGUUUUUGGAACUGGAAGACUGGAAGUACUAUAAAGAUAAAGAAGGGACGGAACAGGUUGCUCUCGCAGAACUGACCGCGGGCGACUGGGAUGGAAUUCACUACGCUACGAUGGGUGGCCCGCCCGUCGAUACGUUACUUGGAAGCAAAGUGCAUACAACUCAUUGUCAAGAAAUGAUCAUGAAGAACGACAGUGAUCGCAUUACAGGACGUCAAGAGGUUUUCUAUCGCGAGUGUUGA